GUCACACAUUUACCGGCUGACAUGUGGAUUGUGAAGGACGUUUGAUAACAGAAAUAUGCGUUUGAAAUGAUCUGAAACAAUUAAGCUCUUGCCGAAAUUAACGAAAUCAUGCUUCCAGACGCUAGAAAACCGCUAUUUAGAAUUUUAUGUCAUUAUAAGUCAAAACCGAACAGCUGUGUCCUGCAGCACCAAAGAAAUUUUUGUAAACAAUCACUUUUUGAAAACCACAAUGUUAAGAAAUUUGCUCAGAACAUUAAUUCAAAAAUCAUUGCCAUAGGGGAAUUGUUUGUGCAACAAUGCAAAGCAGUUGCAGCUCAGAGAUUACGGAGGUCAUUCCAGAUAGUUGCUUCUUAUAGACGAAUGUAUGGAGACAAUUCUCUAAAGAGAGUCUUAAAUGAACUAGGAAAUUCUCUUUUAAAACACUGUGAAAAAAGAAAUCUCUUAUUUCUCUGUGGUUUACCAUUAUUCAAGUGGGAGGAGGAAAGAAUAUCCGACAAAGAACUUAAUAGUUUGAUAGAUGAUAUGGCACAGGUUCAACACAUUGAAGAAGAUUUUAAGAAACCUACAGACGACAAAGGAUAUUUAAAGAGUUGGGAAAAAGUCAUUGAAAGUGAACACUUAAAAGUUUGGAGAAAACCCAUUCCAGAUUCUUACUUAUUUGAAUACAAAGUAUAUGGAACAUUUUAUGAUGUUACACCUACAUGUUUCUUUGAUAUUCAGAGAGAUUUAGAAUAUCGUAAAGAGUGGGACCAACGUGUGAUAAAGCUAGAGAUAGUAGACAAAGAUGAACAGACUGGUACAGAGAUUGUCCAGUGGAUCACACAGUUUCCUUAUCCAAUGUAUAGUAGAGAAUAUUUAUACAAAAGAAGAUUUCAGGUUGAUAGUGCUAAAAAUACGAUGGUGAUAUGCUCUCAUGUAGUAAAUCAUCCUAAAUGUCCAGUAGACAAAACUCAUGUGAGAGUGGUUACCUACUCCUCAACAAUGGUCAUUAAACCACAUAAACAGUUUGAUGAUGAUGGUUUGGAUUAUGUAAUGACAUAUACAGAUGAUCCACAGGCAUCAUAUACCAGCUUCUGUUAUAGUUGGCUAGCUAAAACAGGCGUUCCUAGAUUUAUGGAUGAACUGCAUAGUGCAGCUAAGAAUCUGGAAAAUAAAAGACAAAAAAGUGUUGAUCUUUCAAAACAGAGUGAUAAACAGAACAGUAAUAAUAAUAAUUCCAGACAUUUCUGCUAAUACCAGCUGACUUGAAGAUAGAUUGAUGCAGGUGUCAUGACCAAUUCAAAGGCAGUCAAAUGUGUUUAAAUGGAAUUUAUUUGUGUUCAAAUUAUUUAUUUCUGUCUGACAAUCUUUACUUAUUUUCCGCAGUCUUGAACAUUUAACUCGGGACAAAAAAUAAAACUAAAACUAAAAUUUAAAAAAAAUGUACUGUUUUCAUUGUAUCUUUUCAGUUUUCUUUUGAGUGGACUCCCAGUAUUUUUUUUAUUAAUUAACAUAUGAUACCUCAUUAAUAUUGUUUAAUUAUCAGUUUGUAUAGAGUUGAUUUAAAAUGAAUUUUCGGGUUCAAUUUGAUUACACUAAUCACAAUCUUCCAUAAUCAGAUUUAUUGAAAAUAUUAUUGGUUCUGUUAAGUUUAAACUGAAAAUGAAAAUAUAUAUUUAAAAGUUGUUGCAACAUAUGAAAAUUAUAUUGUAAAUAUGAGUUUUUCAAGUUGUAAAGUUUUAAAAUGGAAGGUAACAAAUUUAAAUUUUUAAGUCGUCUCUAGUCAUAUAUAGUUUAUGAAGUACAGCAAUGUAUUUUGAUUUAAAAAAAAAUAAUCAGUUCAAAUGAAUUGUUUUAAGCUGUGUAACUUAUGACAAAUUUCUUUCUGAUGUAAUAUAUAUACAGCUACCAAUAUUGAGUAUUAAACUAUUUUGUUGAAAAUCUAUGCUAGGAUAUAUGUUCAUUUAUUACAAAAAAUGUCUCAACCAUAUCAAGUUAUAUUGAUAGUUGUCACCAUUUAUGCAUCAUGUAAAUUUUACAUACAUGUAUGGCCUUAACAACUAGUGCUAUUUGAAUAUUAAAAUGUUUGAUGGAGUA